AUGGUCAACUACUUUGUUAAAAUUAGUAACGUAAAGGGAAUUAAUUUAACCCUCAAGAAAGAAUCAAAUGCUCCACUUGAUCCUUAUGUCAAGUUUUUCUUUGGAGAAAAUAAAAAAGUAAAGACAGAGACAAUCGCAAAGACAGAUAACCCAACAUAUAAAUUUGAAAGCAAUUUCCUCUUUCAAACAAAGACACAAUUACAUUUAGACACUCAGAGAAAGCUCGAGGUUGAGGUACACGACUCUUGCUUGGUAGGGUCGGACAACUUUGUCGGUGGCUUUGCUGUCGACUUUAAGACGGUUGUCACUGGACCCGUCCACCACUCUGUCGUCAUCCGUAACCAGGGCAAGCCCACCGGCACAGUCGAAUACGACUUGGAGAUGGUUGAAAUCAACGAGACCCUCUUGACAUUUAAGAAUCUAACUGCCAACUUCUACCAAGGCGCAUUGUCUCCAAUGGACCAGCAAUCGGAAAAGUUCUUGCUCUACCAUGUCGACGAAACACGUCCCGGUCAACACAAGUCCAACAACUUGUCACAGUUGAAAAAGCCAUCUUGGAAGUCCAAGAAAUCAACCGGCCUCACAUGGUCAGACAUUGACCAAGUACUCGUCGAAUCCAGUCUCAAGAACCUCUUGGUCAACCCAAUCGUAUUCAGUAUCUGUCAAGCCAAGAACUACAACAACAACGAUCCAUCCUACGGACAAGCCUUUGUCACUGUGCAAUCGUGUAUCACCGACCUCUCCCAACUCAACGAUAACCAAAAGGUCUCCUUUAUCGAACCAAUCAUGUUCCAACAAAUGGUCGUUGGUGUCUUGGAAGGUGACAUUUAUUUCCAUAAUGCUCCAUUGACCAGUCAAAUGGUGUCUGGUGUCUACACUGAUGUCGGCAUUCAAGAUGGUCAACCAUUAUUCUCAAAUGGUGUUGUAAAUAUUUCUAUCACUCCUGAUGUUAAACCAACAACUAUAACUCCACAAGUACAACAACCACAACAACAAUUACCACAACAACAAUUACCACCACCAGUCCUACAACAACAACCAAUUGAACAAUUACCAGCUGGUUGGGAGAAAAGAGUUGAUGCUACUGGAAAGGUUUACUAUGUUGAUCAUAGCACCAAAACCUCACAUUGGAAUUUACCAUCAUCUCUUGUUCAACCUUUAGUAUCUGCUCCAGCUCCAAUUUCAGUAGCUCCAGUAGUUGUAUCUGCUCCACCAGUUCCAAUUGUUUCGGCUCCAGCUCCAGUACCAUCUCCAGUUGCAGUAGCUCCAGUUGUUUCAGCUCCAGCUCCAGCUCCAGUCCCAGUCGCAGCUGCAAUUCCAACAUCAGUUCCAACCUUUUCCACUCCAAUCACACCAGUUACUCCAUCAUCAUCUGCCAAUGUUGCACCACCACAACCAUCUAUUGCUCCAGUCGGACCAGUUGCCCAACCAUAUGGUGCUGCUCCAAUAGCCGGACAACCAUACGGUGCACCAAACUACCUUCCACAACAACAACAACAACAACCACAACAACCACAAACUCUACAACAACAACAAAUGUACUAUUAUCAACAACAACAACAACAACAAUUAGCAUACCAACAACAAAUGGCCUAUCAACAACAACUAGCAGCUCAACAACAAUACUAUUACUUAUUCGCAUCAUCAUCCGUAUGCUUACGGAACCUUCAACUUUCAACUUUCAAACUCUAUAAAACAGGAAAUAGGGUUAGACUAUUUUAUUUUCAUAAAUAUAUUAAAUCAUCAUCAACUAGUUUAAUUCAUUCAUUAUUGACUGAGAAGAGAAAAUUUGCUAUUAUUGGACACAGUUUAUUUGUUUCCUCAUAUGAAAUGAGGGCACUUUUGUUCAAGGGUCCAAAUUGUAAAGGUGAUCCCGUUUCAAUGUCAAGUUCAUCAAAAUGUUUUAAUAUUUCAUCAGAUGAUUUUACAUCAGUUUCUGAUUGUGAUUCACUUCCAGUUCCAAAACAAAAUCCAGAUGUCAGAGUAUCAACUUGUUUCAAUGGAGAUGGUGAUCAAAUGUCUUUUUACUAUGUAGAGUCGCCAAUCUACUCACCAUUCAAAAUCCAAGGUUAUUGUUCAAGAUUAUUGUUUUUGGAUUCUGAUAAUGAUGAUACCUUCAAUAGUAGCGGUAGCAGUAGCAGUGGUGGUAGCAAUAGUGGUAGUGGUACCGAUACUGAUGAUAUUUCAAGUACUGGAGGAUCCGAUGCACCAGUGAAUUGUUCCAAUGUCCGUGUAGAGUCUUUUCCAUCGGGUGCAUGUGUUUGGUCAGGUGUAUCAGUUCAUGCUGACAAUAGAGGUGGAUACUCUAAAGUAUUCAAAUAUACCAAAUCAUCAUGUCAAGGAAACACCAUCUCUCAUUUCAAGUGUGUAGGUGACUGUGCCGAUGCCAAUUGCAAACCACACUUUCAAGAAAACUCUGGUGUGGAACUCUGUCCAUCAGUUCCAGCCAAACCAUUAUCUCAAGCUCUCAAUACGAGCAAACAGUCUUCUCUUGACGUUCCAAACAAUUUCACAACAACAUUUGCAUCCACAACCUUUACUAUUGAAGGAUCAUCUGGUUUUAGAUUAAUUCCAACUUUUCUUUCCAUUAUUACUAUUUUCAUUUUAUUCUUUUAA